AUGUCAUUUCAAACGUAUUGGGGCUCGGCCCAAAAUUACCAAACACCACAAUUUCAACAACAGGUACAACCUCAAAUCAAGCCUAUUGUCCGUAUCCCAUACCAAACUAACCUACAACCAUUUUUUUCAAUACAAGACGCAUGCAACGACAGUAUCAGUGACGUGUCUUGGUCGAUGACCGGGAACGACUCGGUCAUAUCAGUGUGUGGGUGGGACUCAACGGUUAGAAUCCUCGCGCUGAACAAUGAAAGUUCCAAAUUGGCUUCGGCACUUGUCAAUGACUGCCCAGUCACAAAAUUGGCGACUACACACGACCCACUGACACUUUUUUUCGGUGACUCAUAUGGGUUUGUGUAUGGAUGGAACGCACAACAACAAGGAGCGUCGCAAAAGAUCAGAAUUGCUCAACAUAAGGGUGUUGUGACUGGUCUCAAAUUUUCUGCGGAUUUGGGAAUCAUUUUAUCGACGGGGACGGAUGGGGUCAUUCGGAUCAUCGACGCGAGAACAUCGAAAAUAGCAUUUUCAAUUAACUUGGCUUCAAAGAUCACCUGUGUUGACCUCAAAGGAGAUAUGUUCUGUGUUGGACAACAAAAUGGGAUGGUGGGGAUGUUCGACUUAAGAAACAUGAGGGAACUCACGUCGAGUGUCGUCGGUAAGUUCCCAGUAACACGCUCAGUACCAUUAUGUGUGUCAAUGUUCGAGGACGGAAAAGGGUGUUCUUUUGGAACCGCCGAUUCAACGAUUUACAACUAUUUCUUCACAAACUCCCUCUCUGAGACAUCGUACUGUUUCAAGGCACACACAUCAAAGAAACCAACAGGAGUUGAGAUGUAUCCUGUAAACGUGGUUAAAUACAGGUUCGAUGGUAGUUUGUUCACCGCAGGAGGAGAUGGUUCAAUGGGGUUCUGGGAUGUGUUCAAGUUCAAAGCGAUUGGGAUGCUUCCACCUAUAGCGAAUUUUGCCUCGAUCACCGCAGGGUGCUAUUCCCCCGACGGGAGAUAUCUUGCGAUUGGCGUUGGGUACGAUUGGAGCUAUGGAGUAUAUGGAAGCUCGUUGAUGAAAGAAUCGGGGCUACUGGUCAAAGCAGUUGACCCGGCGAUAUGCAGAAGCUAA